AUGGCUACUUCGGCCGAGGCCGGGGCUAUCUGGCUCUGGCUCUGUGGCAUUGCUUUUACUGCUCGCUGCAGCGUUGAAAUGGCGUCCGACAAUGUCUUUGGGUUCGCUCCAAAAGGUGCCAAUUCGACUCUCAAACUACGGAAAUUAUGGGCGCUGAGGCGGCUCGUGAACAAGGGGGAGCCCACCACAGAUCUGAACAUUCCACUUACACCAUGGAGGAAAGGCACCAUUACGUGCGCUCUCGCUCUCGCAGGCUUCAUGAUAGGCAUAGACCAAUCGAUCAUUGAACCAGCUCUGCCUACCAUCAUUGCUCGAUUUUCCGCUCUGCACGAUAUCGGCGUUUACACAUCGGCAUACCUUAUCCCACAAUGCGUGUUGCAACCUGUGUGCAACCGCCUUUAUUCAAUGUGCUCAUUCAGCUCGGUAUACCUCGGCUCAGCACUCCUGUUCAUUAUCGGUUCAAUCAUUUGCGCUAUUUCAGAAAGUUCUCCAUGCUUCAUAUGUGGCCGGGCCUUAUCAGGUGUCGGCGCAGUAGGUUUGAGUGUCGGAGGCUUUCGCAUGCUGGCCCUGAUGCCCGGGAACCAAAAACAGAAUGUGUCAAUGGGUGCCUUCUCUUUGAUCUUGGGCUCAAGUGUCGUGAUAGGCCCAAUCAUAGGCGGUGUCAUCACCCAAUCGCCUCUUGGAUGGCACUGGCUUUUCUGGAUCAACCUUCCCGCGAUAAGUAUUGUCAUUCUUUUGAUUAUCGGAACAGCCUAUACAGGGGGCCCCGACCUCAGGGGCGAGAAGUAUGACCUGACAAUAUGGGAAAAAGCUAAGCUGCUCGACUGCAUCGGCACAGGGCUAUUGGCCCUGACUCUUAUACCUCUGAUUCUAGGACUGGACUACGGACGAUCAUACGGAUGGAGUAGUACUCGAAGUGCAGUGAUGUUCGCGGUGUUCGGACUGUCAUUCGUGCUGCUGAUCGUACAUCAGAGAAUGGCAAAAGUGGCGAUAUUUGAACGCAGAAUUCUCUUGAACAGAAGCGUGUGGGCUACCACGGGCAUCUUUUUCUGCGCGCUAUCAUCGGUCUCUGUCAUCACAUUAUUCCUGCCUUUUCUACUACAGGUUGUCAAAGAGCUACCCCCACGCUCCAGCGGGUUCCUUUCUUUCCCUCUUGCUGGGACGCUCGCCGUCAGCACCUUUGUCUUUUCAAUUCUGUCUACGAAAGUCUCAUUCUUCAACCCCCUGGCUAUUGCCGGCGCCGUUAUAUUCCUUGUCUCUAAUGUCCUCUUCAUCACGUUAAGACCGGACUUCUCCAUCCCUCAAAUUGUAGGCUACGAGAUAUUAGGUGGCUUCGGGCUAGGUAUGGCGUGGCUGGCUGAAAUCAUAUUUCCCAGAGCAGUGCUCGACAAACACCAACUGGCCAUGUCUCUGGGAUACUCUCUCGCCUUCAACAUGAGGUUGGCAAAGAACCUAGGCGGCUUGCCAUUAACGCCUGAUGAGAAGUCAUCCCUCCAAGCAGGAAACCAAAUCGGCGGUGACCUUUCAACAGAAACGAAAGAUGCCAUCCUGGUAGCGUAUUGCAAGGCUAUACAGCGAGGCGUGGUAGACCCCAAGGAGGCGAAUAACAGCGACAGCGGUAGCGAGUCACUCACGCUGUCGGUUCUUGGCCCUUCGGAGGAAGUCAUUUCAUCGAGGGAGCAUUAUCCCUCCGCCCAUGGACGCGGGAUGGUCUAA